CCCUGCAGAGGAAGAGGAGGAUGAAGAUGCGGUGAAAACAAAGGGAACCCCGAAGGUUCUGGUUCUGAACAGGCGAGCAAAGCAAGCUGCGGCUGGACCGGGACAGCUGGACCUCCGAACCUCAUCAUGACUGAGGAGGCUGCAGAACCGGAGCCGGGCCCGGAUGAGGAAGAGGAGGGAGGAGGAGGAGGAGGAGACGUUGCCAUGGAAACGCCCAGCGCGCCGGUUUACUGCGUGUGUCGCAAACCCGACAUCAACUGCUUCAUGAUAGGCUGCGACAGCUGCACGGAGUGGUUCCACGGUCAGUGUGUCGGCGUCUCAGAGAAAGCAGCCAAAGCCAUCAGAGUGUGGUUCUGCCCGUCCUGCAGAGACACAGACCCGUCUUUGGAGAUCAAAUACCGGCAGAAGAAGAGCAAAGAGGCGGAGGCCGAGCGAGACGAUGGAGAGAGAAGCUCCACCCCCCAGGCCAAACUCGACCGGAGGCGGGGCUCUCAGAUCAAGCGCUCGGCCCGGAUGUGCGGAGAGUGCGACGCCUGUCUGAGGACCGAGGACUGCGCUCAGUGCGAUUUCUGCAAAGACAUGAAGAAGUUCGGAGGUCCCAACAAGAUCCGUCAGAAAUGUCGCCUCCGGCAGUGUGAGGUCCGAGCUCGGAAGAUGCUUCGCGUCCGAGACGAGGAGAUGAGUCGGAGUGGCAGCAGGGGGCGGGGCCUAUCUGCUAAAGGGGCGGGGCACCUUUCAGACGACGACGAUGAAGAGGAGGAUGAUGAGGAGGAAGACUUCAGCGAGAGCGAGCUGGAACUGUACGAGCAGUACAAAGCUGCUGGAUACCGAGACCUGGUGUGGCACAGCGAGGAGGAGGAGGAGGAGGAGGACGCUCAGUCAGACCCUCUGAGGAAGAAGGCGGUGAAGGUGAAGCACGUGAAGCGACGGGACAAGAAGCCGGAGAAAAAGAAGUCUGUGUCCGUCCCCAGAGAGGAGGCCAAGCCGCGGCGCCACAAGGUGAAGCAGCGCCACCGGGAGCGGGUGCGGCACAGCGAGCGCGCGGGGGAGGGCGGGGCCAAGGAGGUGGGCGGGGCUCUGAGGCAGUGCUUGGGGCCGGGCUGCGUGGAGCCGGCGAGGAGCGGCUCCAAGUACUGCUCCGAGGACUGCGGCAUGAAGCUGGCCGCCAACCGCAUCUACGAGAUCCUGCCGCAGAGGAUCCAGCAGUGGCAGCAGAGCCCCUGCGUGGCCGAGGAGAUGGGGCGGAGACAGCUGGAGCGAAUCAGGAGGGAGCAGCAGGCCGCCAGGCUCCGCCUCACGCUGAUGGAGAAGCGUUUCCACGAGCUGGAGGCCAUCAUCGCCACGGCCAAGCAGCAGCAGGUCCAGCAGGACGAGGAGGUCGCUGAAGGAGACGGAGACGACACAGACCUGCAGAUCUUCUGUGUGUCCUGCAGCCACCCCAUCAACCCCAAGGUGGCGCUGCGGCACAUGGAGCGGUGCUACGCUAAGUACGAGAGCCAGACUUCAUUUGGUUCCAUGUAUCCAACUCGCAUCGAGGGGGCCACUCGGCUGUUCUGUGACGUCUACAACCCUCAGAGUAAGACCUACUGCAAGCGGCUGCAGGUUCUGUGUCCAGAACAUUCCAGAGAUCCAAAGGUCCCGGCUGAUGAGGUGUGCGGAUGUCCUCUGGUCAAAGACGUCUUCGAGCCCACCGGGGAGUUCUGUCGGGUUUCCAAAAGGAAGUGCAACAAACAUUACUGCUGGGAGAAGCUGCGGCGGGCCGAGGUGGACCUGGAGAGAGUGCGAGUGUGGUACAAGCUGGAUGAGCUGUUUGAGCAGGAGAGGAACCUGAGGACAGCCAUGACCAACCGGGCCGGGCUGCUGGCUCUGAUGCUGCAUCAAACCAUCCAGCACGACCCCAUCACCAGCGACCUGCGUUCUGCCAAGGACAGGUAGACCGUUGGAUGGUUGCACCGUCUCCUGGAGUAGUUUGAGGAUGCAUGCAGGAGGGAUGCUAACAGCAGAAGAACCAGAACCACAGAACUGAUCUGGACCCGAUUGGUCUUACCCUGCUGGAGAUUCUUUGCUUCACACUUUUAAUCCAGAACCUCCAGGCAGCUCACCUUUCACAGACCUGUUCAUCCAAGAAGUGGUUCUGGAGAGAUGAACCAUUCCCAGCAAAUAAAUGUCAUUCAGCUGUAGUUUGCACAGAAACGGCUCCUGGUUCUGGUUCCAACCAUCGAUGUUAUUGUUUUUUUAGCAAAAUGUGACUUUAACACCGCCCAAUCCCAGCGGAGAACCAGCGACCUGUUGCAGGCAGGUGUGAACCCGGUCCUCAGGUGCUGCAGACUGAUGGUGCUGCCGUCAGCAUCCAGCAGGGGGCGCUCUCCUCGCCUUUAAAGGACCACCAGCCUGUGUGUCGGGCUGUGGUUCCGGCUCAGAGUCAGAACUCUCAGAACAUCAGGCCACCAUAACACAACUAGAGCUGAACGGCCGACACCUCCUGAGACGCUGCAGCGGGUAAGUGGUCUCUAGCAUCUGAUCAGAUUCAAAAGACAGAGCCGUCCGCUUUACAGAACCAAGCAAGGAAUUUAUCAAACUCUCUCUGAGAAGUUAAAGUGCAAAAAGUCAUCAGCAAAAAUUUUAAUCUUAAAGUUAAAGAACUUUGCUAACAAACAAACUCUAUGAGACGCUAAAAGGGAGCAAAUAGACAUCAGAGCAAACGUUCUCAAUCGGAUCAGAACCUGAGGAACCAGCCUCAUGUGGAAACAUGUGACUGACACCAGAACCACAGAUUCAGGACCAGCUUCCUCCCAUCAGCCAUCACUACCUCAUGUACAGACCGCCACGCAUCACUCCUCUUCCCCCUCCUCCAUGAACAUCAGGAUAUCUCCUCCUGCAUCCUUUCUGCUCAUUCAUUGUUCAGUCAGAUGCCUCUGUGGUCACAGACCUGGGGCACAGAGCUGGUUCUGGUUCUGGUUCUGGUUCUGAUGAAAGGCUGACCUAAAGGAGCCAGCAGGUUCUGCUCAGGUUUCAGGCUGAGGAAGCUAGAGUCGGACGUUUAUCCAGCAGGAAACACGCUUCUGUGGUUUUGGUUCCUUGGUGCCGUUCUGGCCUCAGAUCAGCUGAAACAUCCUCCUCCUGCCCAUUACCCACAAUCCUCAGCCCAUCAGUGACAGCUGACGCCGCUGCCAUGGUAACACAAACACUAUGAAACACUACAGGCUGCGAAAGACUCAUCAGAACGUCAGUUUUUCACAAUAAGAGCCUUUUUAGGGUUCAUACUCAGAGCCCAGCAGGAUGUGCCAGAAAAGUCCAAACUGCCACGUGAUUGGCUGAUUCUUUCAGUGCAAACAGCCAAUCAAAAAAACUCUGUUUUUAAUUCAUUUUUUUACCAUAUGUCUGAUUUAAAUGUUUCUGUGGUGCUGUAUGUUGUCCAGUGGUUCUCCAGCUUCUCCCCGUCACUUCCUGUCUAACAGGAAGUGAGGUGUGGAGUGCUGAUGUGUUUUUAUUGGUCCUGAUGUCAUGUCCAAAUAAAUCUGAUCAUGUUUCGUUAUC